CCGGUUUCGAAUAUAGAUGCAGAAAGAACUAGGGAGAAAAAUACGAUUAUACCAGAAACGCAGUCGACUCUGGAAGGAAAACCAUUAGAUGGAGGAGAUUUUAAAGGUCUUAGGAGAAGACCCAGCAGCUUCACAAUCCCUAAAUCUCGAUAUUCAUCCAACGUUUGUACAAAGGUGGAAAUUUUGGAUUAGGAAAGGGGUUCCUGAAAAAGAUAAAGAAAAAUUAUUAGGUAAAUAUGUCAGACCGGAAGAAUUAGAAGCACCAAUGUUAAACGCAGAAAUAAUAGUAUCAUUGGGAGAUUCGGCGAGCAAAAGAGAUUCUCAUAGAAGAGAAACGCAAUUUUUAGCAGGGUCAGCAUUGACUGCGAUAGGUGCGGUAUUAACAAUGUGCAGCAAAGAGGAAGAUAUAGAUAAGAUAGAAGUGAUAGAAAGGUUGUUAGAUACGCAAAAUUCAUUACAAUUGUACAUCAUAACCAAUCGGAGUGUAGAAAAGCAUUUAUUCUUCCAGGGCUGUCAAAAGAAAUUGAAGCAAUCUUACAAAAAACUAUGUCGGACAAAUUUCUCUUUGAAGAAAAACUAGAAGAAAAAAUUAGAGAGGGGAAAGCA